AUGAAAGUUUCCUUUAUUUUGUUGAUCAUCUCGACGAUCUUCUUGAUGAUUUAUGCUCAAAAUAGCACCAAUACGACAUGUGUUGAUACGGGAUUUGAUUGUUGUUCUAAGGCAGGCCUUUGUACAAAUAGUGGUUAUCUAACAAUUAUGCGAACGAGAUGCCGAAAAACUUGUGGAUUCUGUAACACAACAACGACUGGA